CCUCGUUAUUGCUCGUUGCUUGAAUGGCACUUUCGAUUCCCACACCAAAACACUCAAUCACGUCAACGCAUAGAGGUCAUGGUUAUGGAACUCGACGUAGAACAGCUCCUAGAAGCUCCUUUCCGCAAGGCUGGCCCCCCAGUCUCCCCCGAACCCACCCCAUCCGAAAAUAGAUAUGACGAUUCCUCCGAGGUCCGCAGUAAGACCGACGAGAAAGGCGUAGAAAAAGAGCGGCGACACAGGGACCGAUCGCGCGACCGAAGCGAUCGUGACCGGCGUCGUUCUCGUUCCCCAAGCGACCGAAGCAGACGGCGCAGCAGUCGCAAAGAGCGUUCUCGUUCGGGCUCUCCACGCCGCCGGGAUGAUAGGGACAGGGACCGUGAGCGUAGGAGGAGGAGCAGCAGGUCUAGGUCGCCUUCGCGUCGUCAUAGUAGAGGUGACAGGAGGGAUUCGAGGGAUUCCAGGGAUCACCAUCGCCGACGUAGCUCUGUUGAGAGGUCUUCUAGGCGGCCUCCCCGUGAUGAUCGUCCACGGUCACCGGAACUGGAUGAAUAUGAACGAGACAAGCGGACCGUUUUCGUGAUGCAGCUGGCGGCUCGCUUGAAGCAAGAAGAGCUUUACGACUUUUUCUUGCCUGCGGGAAAAGUGCGAGAUGCAAGGAUCAUUUCAGAUCGCAAUUCUCGCAAAUCAAAAGGUGUUGGUUAUGUUGAGUUUUAUGAUGUCGAAUCUGUACCAAAGGCCAUCGCAAUGUCUGAGCAGAAGCUGCUUGGUAUCCCCAUCAUUGUGCAACACACCGAGUCCGAAAAAAACCGUAUCGCUGCUGAAGCCGAGGCCGCCGCGCGCGCCGAAGCCCCGAUUACUCGCUUAUACGUCGGCUCCCUCCACUUUAACCUGACCGAAUCCGAUCUGAAGGACGUCUUUGAACCGUUUGGGCCCAUCGACCGCGUGGACGUGGCCAAGGACGCAGAUACAGGCAGGUCUCGAGGCUUUGCAUUCAUUCAUUAUAGAAACCCGGCGGAUGCGAAGCAGGCCAUGGAGAAGAUGAAUGGCUUUGAACUUAUGGGUCGUGCGAUCCGAGUUGGCCAUACGGAAAAAGUCACAAGCACAACCACCGCGUCAUACUCUCUAGACGAUGCCGAGAACGGAGGCAUGUCGCUUAACAACGUCUCACGCAUGGACCUCAUGGCGAAGCUCGCCCGAGACGAGAAACUCGUGGGAGCCAACCUGCCGGCCAAACCGGUAAUCCUACCAACCAGAAACGUUCUUCUCAAAAACAUGUUCAACUUGCAGGAAGUCCAAGGAGAUCCCGGGUGGGCGCAAGACCUCAAGGAUGACGUGGGUGUGGAAUGUGGGAAGUAUGGGACCCUCCGACACGUCGGGGUGGAUUCUGAGAGUCCGGAUGGCCGUAUCUACAUGAAGUACAACAGCAUCCCUGAAGCUGAGGCGGCAGUGAACGCAUUGAAUGGCCGUUUCUUUGCCGGUAGUCGGAUCGAAGCAGCCUUCGUGCCAGACAUCACGUACAACGGCCGAUUCCCCGAAGCCGCCUUCGAAUAAAAGACAGAGAAAGUAACGUACAACCCGCACUUCAAAGAACAAAAGAAACCGCUUUUCCGAUCUCCGUAGGCACUCGAACCAAGACCGGCACAAGCAACAAUCAUCUUAGAGAAACAUCAUAGCGGAGUAUUAGCUAUGUGUAUCCUGUGUGGGGUGUGAGUUGAUGUAUACCUCCGCCUUACGAUUUCCGUACCCCGUUUUUGUUAGGUCGAAUUUGACGCUGGACAGGCGGCGUGGUGUAUGGGUCCUAUGUAUGUGUACUGCUUCAUUCUGUUGGCUGUGCUAUUUCCCAUCAGAUCGCAAUACGAUAAAUGUUGGCUGUUGACCGAGGCGCUCCUUUUGUGUUUGCGGAUG